GCCACGUAGAGUGAGCUAGUGGACGCCACGUAGGAUUACUUGGACAACCGAAAUCUCCGAUUACCUGAUUAGGUUAACCUCCGUUUUAAAACACUGCAGAAUUCUCAGAGAAGCCGCCGCAAAAAGAAAGAAAAAAACCCUAAAGAUGGAUGAAGAAAGCAAGGUGAAGAUCGAGGAAACGGUACGAGAGAUUCUGAAGGAAUCCGACAUGACGGAGAUGACAGAGUUCAAGGUCCGUAAUCUCGCUUCGGAGAAACUCGGCAUCGAUCUCUCAGACAAAUCUCACAAGGCUUUUGUUCGCGGUAUCGUCAAAUCAUUCCUCGAAGAAGUGGAAUCGAAACAACAAGAACAGGACAAUCAAGAGGAGGUAGUAGAAGAAGAAGAAAGAGGUAAGGGAAACAAAGAGUUCGACGAUGACGGUGACCUCAUCAUUUGCCGACUUUCGGAUAAGAGGAGAGUGACGAUUCAGGAGUUUAAAGGAAAGAGUUUGGUUUCCAUCAGAGAGUAUUACAAGAAAGACGGCAAAGAGCUUCCUUCUUCUAAAGGAAUAAGCUUAACAGAUGAGCAAUGGUCAACGUUCAAGAAAAAUAUUCCAGCCAUCGAAGCUGCUGUCAAGAAAAUGGAAUCGCGUGUUUGAACCACUUGUGAUUGAUUCUACUUUCAAAAACAUGUGCUUAAGUGCUUGCCGAAUCAGUAGUGCGAAUGUGUUAUUGUCUAAUGUACUGUAACUGGAUUACUCUUUUGUUUUUUUCUCGAAUUCGUCGUUAUGUGUACUUCGUCGAGGACCUGGCAAAUGUAUGACACUAUCAUCAGUAGGAGUAUCCAUAUCGGUUUAACCGAUUCCAACCAAAACCUAGUACAGCUCUUUUAAUUUAUUUUUUA